UCCCCAAAUGUUUCAAAUUUACAGUUCCCAGUAAUGUUUCAGAGCAGGAGAACAAAAAUUGAUUUCAUGGAAACUCUGUUGAAAAAAUCUGACAAAAAUGACACACAGAUUGUUUCAAAUGAGUGCUGCAUGUGUGGUGAUGUGGGUUUUAAGAAGCAGCUCUUCAAAUGCACAUUCUGCAACUUCAGAUAUCAGCACAAUUAUUGCAGCAGUCUGUACCCAAAUAUAGACCUGGAUUGUUUUUCAUGCGAGUGGUGCAGAGUCACAAAAAUGGCGGAAAUGGGAGCUGGUAACAGUAAUAUCAAUGAUGGCGGCUUCAAUAAGCUGCGCAGUUUUGCGGCGUCUAAACAGGUCAGUGGGCUUAAAAAGAUGCACACAAGAGAAGAAGUUGAGAACAAGUCUGGUUUUUUUUAUUCUAGUAAUGGUAGACAGCGGCCCCAACGGAAAGAAAAGCCCAAAUUGCAUAUUCAUGCUGGCCGCCGAUAUAAACUCCUUGCAGAUUUCUGAUAUGCUGUACUAUGCUUUUAGCAGGGACUUUGUUGUAUAUUACUAUAUGUCUAUGUGGAUUCCUUGAUGUAUAUCUGUAUAUAUAUAUAUGGUUUUGAAAUUUGGGAAUUUCUGAAUUGCAAUGAUUUUGUGAAUAA